CCAAAAUGGCCUACGUUAACGUGGCCGAGUGGAAACCUGAUCAAGUUACAGAAUGGCUAAAGGGACUCGAUUCCUGUUUACUCACAUACAUGCAUGCCUUCCUUAACAAUUUGGUUGAUGGGCAGCAGCUUUUGAGCUUCGGACCUAAUGAUUUAGAACACUUAGGUGUGCAUAAAAUUGGACAUCAAGAGAUAAUACUGGAAGGAAUAGAACAUCUAAGAAAUAUACAUUAUGAACUAGAUCGAGAAAACCUACAAUUACAUGCUAUGAGGUUGUCUUGCCUUGCACACAGCCUUCACAACGAACUUUGCCACAGUCACACCGAUACCCAGCAGCUGUCCACGCAGAUCAUAGCUGAUAUUUCUACGAUUGUCACCGUCGUUAAGCCUUUAAUAGCUUGGUUGGACAGGCCAGGUUUCUGCGGAGAAUCAGAAUAUGAAAAUGCUCGUAAGGAAGUAUUGCGGUUGGCCUUACGGAUGGCCACUUGCGGUCAGCGUGAUAGGUUUGUCGAGACUCCUGUUUCCGAUAUGAAGACAGCUUCUGCUCAGUUAGCGAAGUUGGCAGACAACAUUGUGCAGGACAUGUCGGAUCCUCUCAUCCUUCAGCCUGCCUCCCUUGACUUAGCGACUAUCAAGAAAAGGUCUUCGGAUGAUUUGGGUUUUUAUAUUGUUCCACCGUUCCGAGGUAUUCAUAAAAUUAGCGAUAUCAAAUUGAACAGCGCAGCUCAUCAGAGUGGCAAAAUUGAACCUGGUGAUGAAAUUAUUCAGAUAAAUUACCAGACUGUGGUUGGAUGGUCAGUUAAAGAAGUUAUGAGCCUAUUUGCCGAAUCCCCUACAGAAGUUUUGCUCACAUUGAAGAAGCGACCUCGUCAUACAAAAAUUUAUGGGCAGAUUUACGUCAAACCAUAUCGGCUGCCGUCUAAGAAAAGGGCCAUCCACCAGGCUCAUACUGCUGACAUUUUAUCUAGGAUUCACUACCGUAUUCCUAUUCACAGUUUGAAGAUUCCUAUUUCCAAUGAAAAGAAGAAAGAGACGAAGAAAAGAGAUGAAGAGGAGGGCGGAAGAGGUGAAACAAGCUCAGAUGAUGAGGUCGUCACCGUCCAGCACAAUCUUGUCGUUCCGAGCAAGCCUGUUCAUCGGAGAGCCACCAUCACUGGAGCGAGUCCACUCAGCAAGCGCCCACCGUUUGAUAUUCAUGAGUUAUGGCAUGAAAUGAAGCUAGAAAAAGAAAGUUCUACAAAGCAGAGUACAACAAGCGUAGUUGACUUUGAGGAAAGACUGUCUUCGUCAGCUAGACAAACAGAGGCGCCAACUCCACCAUCAGAGCAACAGCAGCCGGAAUCCAAUCUUGAAACGAUGACCAUCAAGCAAAAAAUAGAAAUGUUUUCAAGAGAAAAUGAGAGGACAGAAAGGAAAAAGGUCACACCCCCAUCGACGCAUCCCAUAAAACCGCAAAUCAGAAUCAACAGCGAACCCAUCUUCGACAUGAAAGUUAUAUCCGAAGUCGCGAAACUCAGUGAAAAGCCUACCCCAAACCGUGUAGCCAUUCCUAACUUUUGCUUGGAGAACAAAAGGAACAAUCUUUUAAGAACAGUGAAUAACUUAGAUAAAAGGGAAUCUAAAGAUAUUUUACAGCUGUCUGAAAAAAGAAAUGAAAUAGAGAAGAACAUAAAAGUAGAUAACUUUGCUAAUGAAAUACAUAAUGAAAAACUCAGAUAUGAAGUUCCAGAUGUUGUCGCUACUGACAGUGAAGAACAUGGUAAAAUUGUACAGACUAUUAACAGGCACCUACUUAUGAAUAAACUUAGCGACGAUUCUGAUAUUCACGAUUAUCCAUGCUAUAAACCGAAACAGAACAACAGUUCAAGCAACUCCUUACCUCUACAUGGAAAAUCUAAGGUGGAAAACUAUGAACGAAAAAUGACACAUUCCUUACCGACUAGGGGGAAGGUAGAAAGCGAUUCGGAUCUCUCUCAGACUAUCUCGAAAGUGAUCCUAGACAGUAGCGAAAAAAUUGUUCUUAGUCGAAGUAAAAUAACUACGCCUACUGCAGCAGAACAGAAACAGUUCAUGAAAAUGAAACAGCAGAGUAUUUUUUAUAAUAAAAGUUACAGUAGUGAAAGUUUAGAUAAGGCCUACGGCGACAGAGGAGACCCGGAGGUGACAGCGUUCAAGUACGGCUCCCUUCAGCAAGACAGGAGUCACAACAGGGACUCCCUCGACAGAGGAGCUAGUCCCCCGGUACCACCUCCACGGCCGAGCCUCAACAAGCCGUCCAACGCCUGCUACAGGGCUGCCAUCAUAGCUGCCAGGGCGCUCGGAAAGGCCUCUCCAAAGGCACAAAGGAAGAAGCAUCCAUCCCUCGCGAAGGGUAGAAACGUGACUAUUAAAGAAUUCAGUGCUGUCGAAUGUGAAGGGUGGUUGUUGCAAAGAUGUAGGAAAGGAUCGGCUACGUGGAAUAAGCGCUGGUGCCUAAUACACGCUAACACGCUCUACACCUUUCAUUCCAAACAGAGUACAAAAGCAGAAACACUGGUUUGUUUGCCUGGUUUUACAGCUGCACCAGCGGAAGAGGUGAAGAGUAGACCUUUUGCCUUCAAAGUUUACCACACGGGGACAAUGUUUUACUUUGCUGCGGAGACAAAUUUUGAGCUGUCCGUUUGGCUAGAUGCCAUUACAACUUCGACGCUUGCUCCAAAUCCAAAUGCUCAAGCGAUAGUCUACAGUGAAAGUGAAGGUGAGGAUAUUACUACAAAGAAAGUUCCCACACCUGCUCCUCGACCUCCUAGUAGCGACUCCACUAGCAGCCGGAUGUUUGGUUCGUUAAAGAAGCUGGGCUCAGGCGGGAGCUCCAACAGCAGCACCACGAGCCCCGCGGGGGGCGCUGCGGCAGGGAGCGGCGGCAGCAGCCUGGACCGCAAGUGCCUGCGACUGCUCGGCCCCGGGCCGCUGCCUGUCCCGACAGCCCAGUACCGCAGCUACCGCAGGGUCCACAACGCCGCCCCCAUCCCACCCUCUCCGACUCACCACCAGCACCAAACUUCCGUCCCUAUGAGCAAUAGCUGCCACGACAUGAGUGAAUCGGAGAUGCCUGGUGACAUGGCUGACUAUAGGCUGACUGCUAGGUCGACUCCUCCCGUCCCAAGAAGAAGAACUGUUGUUCGACUUCCAGAAAUAAGGGCACCACCGACACCAACUACUAGCGGAAUACAUCACCAGCAACCAAAUUUUGAGGAUCAUACAAGAAGAGUGGACGAACUACCUCCGAGCCCAGGCGACAUACCUUCUCCCUCUCGACAAUACCAUCCGGAUGGAAGUGAUUGGGUUGAUUCAUUGAGAAAAGCUCAGGCCUUUAGGAAGAAAAUUAAAAUGAAGAAGCCUCAUAUAAAUCCUCCUAAUUCUUAUUUUAAUAAUCAAUGUCGCCAACCAGAACACCCGCAGCAGUUCAGGUCACAGAGGACUCACGAAGAUCCGGGAAACCACCAACAAUCUGUGGACUAUCCCGGCCUCGAGUACCCUCCAGUCUUCGAACCAGGGACUUACACCUUGGACACGUCGUCGUUACUCGUCUCGGCCAGGCACCAUCACCAGCGUCGUAACAUCGAUUCGCACCACAACUGACUGCACAGUUGACACUGUAGCGAUUGCCUCGUUAUGGACACUUUGGAAUGUUUUUCCAUCUUAUUUAUUAGUUAUUUUAUUUUAUUUAUUUAUUUUUUAAACAAGUUUAGAAAUAAUGAAAGAUACUAUAUUCUUGAAUGAUAUAGGUUAUUUGAAAUCAUAGCUGGUGCCUUGUGCAAACUUAAAAUACUCAUAUAAAUACUAUUAUUUUAAUUUUAUAGGUUUAAAAAAACCUAUUACUAGAACAAUAAUUUUAAUCUAGUUAUGCAUUGCUGCCAUAGUUAAACAUUAAAAUAUCCUUUUAUGAGUUUUACUUUUUCUAAAAAAAAGAAAUGUUUCCACUUUCCAUUUUAUCAUGCCUCGAUGGCAGAAAUUAAAAUUUGAUUAUGUUUUGUUGGUUCCUCUUACAAUAAUGAAUCUGUUAGCCCUUACACGUUCUUAUUUUGAAAAUUUUAAAUACAUUUUUAAGAAACAGUGUUAGACUGCUGAUGUUUUUUUUUUUUUAAUUAAAAUUUGUUUUUCUAUAAAGAAAUAGAGUAAAACUCGAAUACAGAAAAAUGUAAUAAUUUUGAAGACUAUAUUUGCUUGAAUACAGGUUGAUCUUAAAUAUAAGUCAACCAACAUUUUGAAAAUAAUUUUUCUAGGGAGAAAAAUUAAACUUCUGACUAGAAAUUAAUUUACAAAUUUGAUUGACAUAACUCAAAAAGAAUCAAGGUUGUUUUAAUUAAAUACUACAUAAAUAAAUAAAAUAGAAUUUUAAUAUUAUUAUGUCAUUAAUAUAUCCAUUUCUGUUAGACAGAUGUUUUUUUAUUUUAAUCUUUUUCUAAAAAAUUUAUUAUAAAGAUUAUUUCUGGCCAAACCAUGUCACUUUCAAUAAAUAAAUUAAAUUUAAAAAAAAAAUAGAUUAUCAAAAAUAUUUUCAAAAAGUAAACAAUAGUAAAACAAAUCUUAACACACCUUCAUCCGGAAUUUGUUUGCACUGCCAUUUACAUCUCCUUAUCUCUAUUUGGUAAAAAUUAGAAGUAAAAUUAAGGUCAGAGAUAAACAAAAGUAACUUACAGGCAUUGAUAACCUUGAAGUUUUACGCCUUGAAGCCAAACUGACAAACAAGAAUCAAUUAUUUUAUUUUCUUAAUUUUCGUCAUUUGACUGUUGGUGAUUAUUUGCUAAAUGAAAUAUUUUUGUCCUACGGAUGAAUGAAUGUGUGUUAAGAUAUAAGAAAAAAAUGAGAAGUUGAGAAAAAUAGUAAAAGUUAAAUUCCUUUGAUGUAUACGAGAAAAUUCUUAACUAUAAUAGGAAAAAUAAAUAUAUUAAUAAUAAUAAUAUAAAAAAUUAUGUUUUAAAAAAAAAUUUAAAUAACUCAUCUGUUUAAUUUAUUUUAGGAUGCUUUCCAAGUUACAAUUAGGUUUGCUUAAACUUAUUACCAAUUCAUUUAAUAUUCUCAAAUCUUAAUUUUAAAUGCACCGUUUUAUGUCAAUUAUUUUCCUGUUUUAAUUUUAUGCGACAACCAUUUUCAAUCUCAAGUUUCAGUUUAAAUAUAUUUAUCAUCCCUGAUCUCGUUUUAAAUAGAUUUUUCUCAUUUUCCGUUUUCAAACUGAAUGAUAAUAAUAAUAAUUCUUUAUUUAUUCUGUGACGAGUCCGUUUAAAAUAUUACAGAAAGACAGAAAUGUGGGCUAAGGGGCCUCAGAGAUGCAUAAAUAAAAAUACAAAGUAAUUAAAUAGGCAUAAUAGAAAAAAAUUAUAAGUUACUUUCUAACUUUAAUCAGUUAAUAAUAAGAAAUAAAAAAAUUAAAAACAUGAAGUAAAAAUGAUUAAGAACUAUUUAAUAAUUUAUAUACAUAUUUACAAUAAUAUAUAUUUAAAAUUUUAUGGGAACUGGAAGGAUAAGAAAUGAUUGAACAGGCGGGAUUUAAAGGUAGGGAGGGUAUUGGAUUGACGGAUGUAGGAAGGAAUGGAGUUCCACAGGGAUGAGGAUCGGAUAAUGAAUGAUCUGUCGACAGCAUCGGUUCAGUGGGCCCUUGUGUAUAAAUCAGAAGAUCGGGAACGAGUAUUGCGGAAGCGAACAGAGGAUUUGAAUUGAAGGAGCUCGGAAACGUAUAAAGGAUGGUGGAAUCAGAUGAUUUGAAAGAAAAAGGAUGCUAGGAAAUACAAUGGUAGGAAGGAUAAAACCAUUUCAACUGAGCAUAAAAACAGGAAACAGAGGCGUCCCUUGGGAUCCUGAAGAUGAAUUGUACAAAGCAAUUUAUCAAACGUUUUAGCUUCACCACGAGAUCCCCUAAGACGCCCCCAUAUACCGUACAGCAAUAGUCAAAGUGGGGAAAAAUUAAGGAAGUGACUAGGACCCUAUCCGUUUCAAGGGGAAAUAGGUGAUGGGAGUAAUUUAGACGUUUUAAGAUGGAAAUGGUACAGUGGGAGAUAUUGGAUAUAUGGUUUUUCCAGGAAAGCGUUUGAUCAAAGGUUUUUGAUAGAGGGAUAAAAUUUAAUGGGAUUGUCAUGUAGGAACAGAGUUGGAAUAUUAGGAACAGUUUUAAGGAAUUAUUUAUUGCUUAUUAUUAAUAUAAAGUUCAUUAAGUCUCUCUUUUCACAUCAAAAAUGUAGAAAUGAUAACAAACUAGAAAGUGAACCUGAAAAAAAGUCCAAGCCGUCUUUUACCUUAAAAGAAUAUAAGAAACAUUCUCAACCUAUAUUCAGACAAAUAUGAUAUUUUUCAGCAAAAACUAAAAUCCUAAAAGUUGUAUUUGAUCAAUCACUUUUCAAUGUUUCAUCUGUUUCGAAAAAAAACUACUUAAUUAUAUUAUUUAAUAUAAUGUUAAAAUUAAACUAAUCAAUUUGAUCAAACAUACAUUAUUUGUGUGUCCAACCACUUUUAUGCUUGUAAGAUAAUUGCUCAAAAUAUAUUGAUACGGAAUACCUAAUGUACGUUUUGAAUAUACAUAUCUUGUAGAAGCUGUUCUGUAAAAACAUAUUAUUUUGAAAAAAAUAAUUAUGGGCUGUUUUUUUUAAAAAGUAAAAGAAUUUUAUACGAUUUAUUAGAGGAUAUCGAUGCUCUUAUUUUUUAUACUCCUUCAAUUUUGUAUUAAAUUAAAAAAAUAAAUAAUUUAAAAAAAGCAAUCCCUGCAACCGUGUGCCUUAAAAAUAUAGAUCAUUGAAUAACUGUAACUUGACUGAAAUCUAAAAUAAUUUUGUAUAACCUUAAUCCAGCUGUAAGUAGUACCGGUUAGUAUUUAGAAAAUGGCCAAGUUUCUUAAUUCAGCGCUAAUUCCUUUGAGAGGAUCCACUAAUUGAUCGAAGUGGUUUAUGGUGGGUUUAGUAGCGAUCUGUUUUUCAUCUGGAAAGUUGCAAACUAUGUUUUUAGUUUUUGUAAUUACUUUAAUAAUUCUUUCAGCAAUGAACUUUUGUUAGUGUAAUUUAUAAAUUAACAGUCUUGGCAUUUGAAAAUUGACAAUUUUGUUAUAUAGAAUGUUAGAAGUCAUAAUAUAUUACUCACCUGAAAUUAUUCUUAUACUUAGAGUUUCUCUUUUUUAAAUUUAUUCUGAAUUAAACUCUUUUAUCGUUUUAUGUAUUAAGCUAACAGUAAUAUUUUUAAUUUUGGAUAAACAUUUAUCAAAAAAAAACAAAUCAGAUUCAAUGAAAUAUAUAUAUAUUAGGAAAUACCUAACUAAUUUUAAAACUAGGAAAUAUCAUUGAACUUAUAAUUAGGUUACACCCUUGGCUUAUUGGUGAUUUAAAUAACGAGUAAAAAUAUAUCAUAUCCAUCGAUAAGUUAGAAAUUUGGCUGAAUAUUAUAAAAUUUAUUUAAUGAAAUUAUAUAUAUAUGUUUUUACAACACUAUUAUUAUUCAUUUUUACAGCAAUCUUGACAUAGUGAUUUAACUUAGUUAGCAAUAUUCCAUUUCUCACUCGAGAUCUUAUUAAAAAAAAUUAUAAUUUGUAGCCGCUUUCUUGUCUAUAAUUAUUUUUGUUCUGAUGAGUGUGUACAUAUAUAUUUUAUAGAUAAAUAACAAUCAGAACAAUUUUAAUUGUAUAAUUUUUAUAUUUGGUGUUUGUGAAGAAGAAUCGUGUACGUAUAUUUUGUUAAAAGUUUAGCUUUGAUAUUUAUAUUAUAAUUAUUGAUAAUUUUAAGUAUCGUCCGCCGAUUGUAGUUUCGUAUUGAUAGUAUAUGGUGGUUAUUGUGGAAUAUUGUUGAUUCAGUGUGAUAGUAGAUAAUUGUUGCUUAAAUUAAGUGAGUUAGGCUGUUUCGUUAUCAUCGUUCAAAGCUUAUUGGUUAGGUACCUCUGUGGACUGUUGCCUCAUUUAGUAUUUUACACAUGUCGUAUUGAAAUAAUUUAUUUAUUAAUUACCUCAAGGACAGAAAAAAAAAAAUGGUCAUUUAUUGUACCUAAAAUUAUCUCAGUAAACAUUUUUGUUAAAUUUGUUUGCCCUAUGUCUCGGAAAAGUUGGACUUAUUAAAGCUUAAUUAUAUUACUUUGAUUACUUUACCUUAGCUUAUUUCUUUAUUUAUCUUUGAAGAUAAUGUAAUUUUUUUUCAAACGAGUAUAUAGAAUAUUCUGUGAGAUGUUCAAGUUCUACCAUCAAAGUUUUUGAGUAGGCACAUUUUUACAGGUUAUAAAUUUUAGUGAGAACCAUAUCUUCAUGAAAUUUCAAUUUGGGAGAAUUUUAAAAUUAUGAAAACAUGAAACAGGCUGCAGCAAGUACAAUUGUGAAUAAACUACAAUUUUUAUAUUUCAGCUUUUGCUAAUACCAUAUUUAAGAACAGGAGAGCAAUGAAAUUUCUUGGGAGAGAUAGGGGAGGAGAUAAUGGGUAUUAGCAAUUUCACAGACCUAUCUCGACCUUCUCGUUCUGGUUAGAAUAAAUUGCUUAUACAUUUUUUUUUUUUAAAUAUAUUACAAUCUGUCUCAGGGACAUUAAUAAUAGUGUUCACAGAUCACAUUCACACUCUAUGUACAGUAAAUAAAAUAAAUUAUACAGAAAAAUAAUAUAUAUACAGCUUAUACAUUUAGAAUAAUUCUUCUCUUUCCCACAUGCCAGAAAAAGUUAAGUUGGUAGAAAAAAAAAAAUAAGUCUUUUAAAACAUUCCAGAUACUUGUUUGAAAAUAAUUAGAUUGUCUGUAAAACUAAAUGAAAAUAAUUUAAAAAAAAAAAAAAAAAAUCGGUCCAAUAAAAAAUGUACUGAUACAAAGUUUUAAUUUUUACGAAGUUUUGGAACUUUUUAAGGAAUAGAUUUUAGGCGAGUUUCAUCAAAAACAUUUGACUUAUUUUACACUACAGUCUAAAACAGAUUUGUUGGCUAUCGGAAAGCAUAGUGUUCAAUUUGAUACAUAAUGGUCAGGGGCAAAUAUCCUACAAAACAGAAACAAAAUGAACGAAACCGGUCCACCUGUUCAUGAAAUAAUUGCGGUACAAACUUAUAUUAUACACCUUUUUUUUUUUCUUAAAUGGUUCUAAAAUGUUCUGUUGAAAAUGGCCUACCAAAGAUUUGAUCCUACUACAAUACUUUGUUUUAAUUUUUAAUAUGUAUUUUUUUUUUUUUUUUUUUUUUUUUGUCCUUGAGUGUAUUAUAUCAAUUAACAUUAACCAAGAAACUAUGAUCUUUAUUUUACUUAUUUUUUCACUAACGAAACUGCAUCUAGUCUUCUAAUUCAUGUAGCUUCCAUAUAUGAAGAAUAUAAGUUAAUAAAUAUAUUUUUAAAAAUUAAUAGAUUGCAAUAUCUGUAUGGAGGAUUAUGAAAGAACGUUAACAUGCCAAAGCACACUUGAUAAUAAAUGUUUUGUGAUACUCAACAUUGUGAUAUAUUUAAAAUUAUAUAUUGCUCUGCUAUUUAUUAUAAAAGCUACAUUCAUGUCAAGUUCAAAUAUUAUGUUAAUACAAUAAUCAAAUAUAUUGCCGUUUUUCUUUACAGUAUGGCAAGUAUCGACUUUUUUUUUAAACUUUGAUUUCUCAAAGUAGUGAAAAUUAAAAAUCAAUCUUAUUUUAGUGAAUAAUUAAGUUUUUAUGUUUUGUGAUGAAUAUGGCCCAGAUUUAUAUACAAUAAAACUCCUAAAAUAUUCAAAUACACUAAUAUUCGUACAAAAUGUUUUUUUGUUUAAACCAAAAUAAUUAAAACAUAAUAUAAUAAAUAGAAAUAGAAAAUUAAAGUAUAUAUUUAUUAAUGGUCAAAAAGAAACUAAAAUAUUAAAGUCUUUUAAAGUUCCAAUCAAUAACUAACAAAAAUGUGUAUACAUAAUUGUAUAUAAAAAAUUAUAUGAUUAAUUGAUAAUAUUUACAAAACAAGUUAAAUAAAUGCAAAUUAAUAUAAAAAUAGUUAAAACAAAGUAGUACAAACUUUAUAACGCAAUUCGCAAUUAGCAAUAAAAGAAUACCAGUAAUGUUUUUAAUUAAAAAUCAAUUGACAAUUUGAAAAAAAUUAAUAAAUAAAACUCUUGGAUUAGAAAUUAGUAAGUGACACAAUCUGACCAAAAUUUAUGAAUGAAUUUCUAAAGACAGUUUCUUUCAUUAUAAGAAAGUAACCUCAUUAGUUGUUAUUUAUUGAUUUAAAAUCAAACUACAAUUGUUUUAUGGAAUUUCAUCUUUAUUGUUCCAUUUUAAUUUAUUAUCAAAUUUACAAUAUAAUAUUUAAUGUGGAUACAUUGAUUCGUGUAGAUAUUUGAUCAGUAGUUUAAAAACUGAAUGCAAACAAAAUAUUCAAUCACUUAAAAAUCUGUGCCUUGGUGAUCACAAUAAUCAGUGAUCACUUGGGAUAGUAUGGUCAUGUAAGCCAAUCGGAUUUUUUUAUUAAAUCGUAAAGUUUAAAAGAAUUUUCAUGUGGUUGACGUUUCAGAGUUUCUUUUUUUGAAAAAAACAUACAAUCAAUCAUAUUGUACAUUACGUAUGUAGUAAAAUUUAUAACUAUUUAUGGAACUUGUCAGUUAGUCGGGCGGGACGGACUGCUAUCUGCCAAUAUUUAUAACCUCAACACUGAUAAGCCUUCUCGUAAUUCAUAUCUUGGUAUUCAUAUUUAUUGUAUUAUAUUCGUAUUAAUGAAAUUGUAAACAAAAACAAAUGUAAUAAUAAAAAAAUAUUUUUAUUUUACAAUAUAUAUAUUAAAUUUAUAUAUAUAUAUAUAAAUUUUAAAGCCAUUAAAAAUGAAAUCCUUGACCCUUUUGACCACGUUCCUUUCCUUAUUGAAACUUUUAUGUUACAAAUGCCUACAACCAACAGCAUCUCCAUUUCGCGUCCCUGUCUAACUUCAUUUGAUUACCUUGUUCACACAAUUUCACGUUUGCAAUUAUCCCAACGUUUUGAAAAUAUUCAAUAGCCUGUUCUUCUGAAGACGGUUAUUCCCAGAAUGUAGCAAGAUCCAUAAUUUGAUGUAAAUAACACAAACGGGCUAAAAAUAAAGAAUUUAAUAACUGAAAGGUUUGGGGAGAUAAGAAGAGGGAGGUUAUGUGACAAAACUAGAUAACAAGGGAGGUUUCAUCCUGCCAGACUAAUGGACAAGUAACCUAUUUAUCUCACAUAUUUCACUGAUGCUUAGUAAUGAUUUUUUUAAGUUGUCUUCGUGCUUAAAUUUCGGCCUAGGUUUCAGACUUUAUAAAAACAUUAUGAUAAUAUGAAAGAGAAAGAAAAAAUUAGUAAGAACAAAAUAUAACAUGGUAUAAAAAAUAGUAUGUUAUCUCGACUAAUAAAUAGUUACAGAUAAUGAUGGAGAAAUGGUUGACCGUUGAUAUAAUAUGAGAAGGAGUUAGUUGGGGGUGCGGUCAAAUAAAUACUAAAUUAAAAUAUAGUAAUUAUUUAAUUAGUUGUCGACGUUUCGACCCACUUUGCAGGUCGUCUUCAGGGCGUAGUAUGUAGCACUGCGGAAGGCAGUUGAAACACUAUGUCUUUAUUCCUAGUAUUUGUUUUUGCUAACCAUUUCCUGUUUAAUUUUUUGUCGAGUUUGAAAAAAAAAAGUCGUACGUGCUGUAUAUAAUAGCUAUGAAAGCCUUCAUUUAUUGACCAUAGCAAUGUGGUAUCUUACUGUAUUUUAUAGCUAAAGGUGAUAUUUAAUAAAUAUAUAAUUAAAAUGAUUGUAGCUAAUAGUAGUCAGUGUAAAUAUAUGUAUUUUGUCCUUAUGUACAGUAUAUUUAUUUUAUUCUUGCCACAAUAUAUAACUUUUUUAUGUCUAUUAAUGUUAGAAUUAUGAUAAUUUCUUUAUAGCUAUUUUGUAAAUAAAAUGCAUUUUUUUAAAAUAUGAUUUAUAAUUUUAAUAUAUACUGUUAUAAUUAUAUUUUUUAUUUAGUCUUUGUAAUAAUUUUUAUUUAAAUUGUAAUCAUGUGCCUUGUGGGAAAAACUGCUUUGGUGAAUGUGCGAAAGUUAAAAAAUUUUAUAAUAUUUGAUUUAAUCUGAAUUGAUUCAAAUAGAUCAAAAUUAGUUUUACAAACUAUGCAUGGACAUAGUUUUUUUAUUUGUUUCUUUUUAAUUUAUUAUGUUGUUUAUUUAUUUUUUCAAUAUAUUUUUAUAAAUGUUUUUUAAAUCUGUGUUAA